AUGGAAAAAGAAGGAAAGCCAUCGGAGCUGCGACUUGAGGAAAAAAGAAGAAGAAUCAGGAAUCUUGUUGAUGAUUUCUUGAAUGGGUUGAAGAAAAUAAAGAAUGAAGAAGAAGUAUUCAUUUAUUCAAAAUGGGAUGGCAUUAAAGAGCUAAGAAUGGAAGUGAGAUAAUUAAGAACAUUUGUCCUGUUUGGGGAUUCAAGUUUGGACGAUGACUUUUAUUACUGGAUGUCCAAGAAAAUAAACAAGUUCAGUGUUAUGACUCGGCGAUUACUUAAUGAUGAAGUAAUUCUAGAGAAAUACAACAUGGAUAGUCUUGUCCCUCUGCUGCUGGAAGAGAUACAAAGUUAUUUGAGUUUGAAGAAUGAUAAUUAUGUAGCAAUGACGACAGAGGAGAAAAUGUUUGAAUACCUCUUCACAAACCUUCAUGAUCUACCAAUCAAAAUUUCUUAUUUGGAUGAUGACUUUAUUUGCAGGAUGUCCGAGAAAAUAAACAUUCUUCUCCAAGUAUUCCGUCGUCUGACAGAUUUCUAUCCUAUCCUCCUGGCCAACAAAACAACUACUACUCAAUAUCUCUUUCUUCCCUUCCAAGUCAUUGCUGAUAGAGUUAUGCGAUUCUAUUUUCGUAUUUGGAAUGGAAAGUAUAAACUCUAUAAACACUCUCAUUGCUCUUCCAAGAUCACUUCUCUACUCAUCGACAUAAUCCCUCUGGAGCUGGAGGUUUUAUACAUUUCUACUUCUAAGCUCAUCAAAGAAUCAACGUCAAGAGAACUAAAACAGUUUGUCAAGCAAAUCGUAAAAGCAUCUCCAAGGAUUCUUCAAAAUCGUCUCAUUCAUCUCCAAGGACGCAUGGCUGGUGCUGUCAAUUAUGCUCCAACUCAAAGCAUUAAUGUCAUGAUCGAGUUCCUAUUGAUCUUUCUCACAGAUAUACCAAAGCGCUUUAUCCAUCCUGACAAAUUGAACGAUAUGUUGGCACAUGUCGGACUACUUACAAGGAAGAUAUCUAUUCUGAUGGAGGAGAGCUCUGAGAAUAAUAUCAAUGAAGCGGACUUUUCAGCUCCAGACUUGUUGCAAGAAAUUGAACGAAUGAGGGGAGAUAUCAAACAGAAUUUUUUGAAAUCCCCGGAUGAGUCAUCUCAACUUCGCUUUCCUAUGGACGAUGGUUUCCUCUUCACGAAUCUUCUACUCAGACAUUUAAAUGAUUUGCUCAUUUCCGAUGCUUAUUCAGUUUCUCUCAUAAAGAAAGAAAUUGGGAUGGUAAAAGAAAGCCUUGAAUUCAUAAGAUCAUCUUUCAAGAAAGUCAGGCAAACAUUGGAUGACAGUACUAGUGGAGUAGUUAAAGAUUGUUGGUUGCGUGCUUUAGAUGUGGCAUACGAGGCAGAACAUGUCAUUAAUUCCAUUCUUGUCAGAGAUAAAGCUCUCUCACAUCUCCUCUUCUCACUUCCGAAUGUCACUAAUAAGAUCAAACUUAUCGUGGCAGAAGUCACAUGUUUACAGCUGGAAGAUAAGAAUGGGGAUGACCCCCUUGAUGCAAAGUCUUCCUACGAGCCAAUUGAGUCAACCUCGUCAUCUUUUGUUGAGGUAACAGUUGGUCAUGAAGAAGAUGAAUUCAAGAUGAUUGACCAGCUCCUUCAUAAACAUGAAUCUGAGCUUGAUGUCAUUUCCAUUGUCGGAAUGCCAGGACUCGGUAAAACUACUCUGGCCAAAAAAGUGUAUAACAAUACAUUAGUUGCUAGUCAUUUCAAUGUUCGUGCUUGGUGCACUGUUUCCCAUAAGUAUAACAAGUCAAAGGUGUUGCGGGAGAUUCUUCAGCAAGUUACUGACUCGGGAGGAAAAGAAAGUGAGGAUGACCUUGCUGACAAGCUACGAGUAGCACUGUACGAUAAAAGGUACCUCAUCGUCUUGGAUGAUGUGUGGGAUAUUGCAACAGGGGAGAUGUUAAUAGCAUGUUUUCCAAAGGUUGAGAGAGGAAAUAGAGUUAUCUUAACUAGCCGAAGUAGUGAGGUAGGUUUGAAAGUUAAAUGCCAUAGUGAUCUUCUCCGCCUUCAACUUUUAACACUUGGAGAAAGUUGGAAGUUAUUCGAAAAAAUGGUAUUUGGAAAAGGAAGCUGCCCUGCUGAACUGUUGGAUGUUGGACAUCAAAUAGUUGAGAAAUGCCAAGGGCUUCCUUUGGCUGUUGUUUUGAUUGCUGGAGUAAUUGUUAGAGGAAAGAAAAAGGAAAAGGAUUUGUGGCUUAAAAUUCAACAUAAUCUGGAUUCCUUUGUUUCUGCCAACAACAAUUUAGAGAUUAUGCAAUUAAGUUAUGACCAUUUACCAGACCACCUAAAGCCGUUGUUGCUUUACUUUGCAAGAUCUCGAAAGAGCAAGCGAACUCCAGUCUCUAAGUUGAUGCAGUUAUGGAUGGCUGAAGGGUUUGUGGAUCAUGAUAUUCUAUCUAAGUGUAGUUUAGAGGAAGCAACUCAAAGAUACUUGGAUGCUUUAGUUUCCAGUAGCCUGAUAAUGGUGGAUCAUAUGCUCUACAAUAAGAAUAUGACUUUUUCUGUUAGGAUCAAGGUUUGCUAUGUACAUGAUGUUGUGCACGAUUUUUGUUUAGUAAAAGCGAAAAAGGAAAAGUUUCUCAAGUUAAUGAAUCCAGGUGCUCGAUUUCAUACUUCUGAUUUCCUACACCAUCGUCUAACCAUUCAUACUGAGAAUGGCCAACUCCACAAAAAAUGUGUUUUGUUCAAUUCUAAAAAGUGUUCAGCUGGUAGUAAGCAUCUCAUAUCUUUGAAAGUUAGCGGUUCGCCUCUUAACUUGCUCCAGUAUGACUGUCACACAAGACCCUUUGGACUUGUUAGAGUGUUGCAACUGGAUAACAUUGUUUUGGAUGAUUCUUUAAUGGAAGAAAUAGGGUCCCUAUUUCAUUUGAGGUUCUUAAGGAUUCAUACUCGAGAUGUAAAAGCUAUCCCAGUGUCGUGGUUGAACCUCCAGAAUUUGGAAACUCUGUUGAUCAAUACGUUGCCAUAUUACACCAUGGUUUUACUGCCCAGAAUAUUAAAACUGUCAAAGCUGAAACAUGUGAAAAUUGACAGGAGUUGUUUCUUUGAAGAGGAAGGGGAGGAGGACAAUAUCCAAAGUAGAAUAUUGGAAGGUGAGAAUUCAAAGCUGACAACUUUAUCCCAUGUUUAUAUCUCAUAUUCUGAAGGCACGAAUGAUGCUCUGAAGAAGUUCCCAAAUCUUCAGCACCUUCAGUGCACCAUCAAGGAACCGACAAAUCCUCCUACACACGGCGAUUGGUUUCCCAAGUUUUAUGUCCUUAACAAACUUGAAUCACUCUUUGUAAAAUACUACAACGUAUGGAUUGAUGAUGUUUUUCCCAAUGAAUAUCACUUCCCUAGCAGCUUGAAAGAGUUACGGUUGGAUAAUUUUGUCAUGAGACCUGCUUUGUUGUCAGCAAUCACGGCAUUGCCUCAGCUUGAAAUUCUGGAGAUUAAGUGCUCUGAUUUCGUGGAGUAUAAGUGGGAUGCAAGUGAGGACAUCUAUCAAAGUCUUAAGACUUUGCGUUUGGAAAAUACCGAAUUAUCAGAAUGGGAAGUUGAUAGGGAAACUUUUCCCAAGCUUGAGGAAUUAAUACUAGAACAUUGUGACAUGCUUACGGAGAUCCCUUGUGCAUUUGCGGAUAUAGAAACUUUAAAGUCCAUUCAUUUAAUGAGUAUGAACCGUGAGGUUGAAGAUUCAGCCAUUGAGAUUAAGAAACAGAUAAUAGAUUUCGCAGGAGAGGACAGACUUCAAGUCCAUUUAUCAGGUGUGUUGUAUGAAUUAGAAGCUGAAGAAGAGGAUCAAACAGAGCUUCCAUUUGAGGAAGAAAGAAGAAGAAUCAACAAUCAUAUCGAUGAUUUCUUGAAUGGCUUGAACAAAAUAAAGAAUGAAAAAAUAAUUGCUUCAUCAAAAUUGGAUGACAUUGAAAAGCUAAGAAUGGAAUUGAGAUUCCUAAGCACAUUUGUUCUGUUUGGGAAUUCCAGUUUGGAUUACUUUUAUUCCAGCAUGUCCGAGAAAAUAGACAAGUUCGAUGAACUUAGUUGCUCACUUUUCUAUCAAGAUGAAGAUGAUAAAUUAAUCCUAGCGAAAUGCGACAUGGAAUGUCUUGCCCCUCUGCUGCUGGAAGAGAUGAAAAGUUAUUUUUUGAGUUUGGAGAAUGAUUAUUAUGUUGCCAUGACGACUGAAGGGAAAAUGUUUCAAUAUCUCUUCAGACACCUUCAUGAUCUACCAAACUAUCGUGCUAAUUUGCUUCUCCCCUGGAUGAGUGACUUCAAGAUUCUUCAGCAAGUAUUCCGACAUCUGAGAGAUUUCUAUCCUAUCCUCAAGGCCAACAAAGCACACACUGAAUAUCUCUACCCUUGGCUCCAAUUGACUGAUGAUAGAGUAACACAAUUCUGUUUUGAUCUUUGGACUGGAGAGUAUAAACGAUAUUAUGAUGGUUACGAGGUGUGUGAAGACGUCUCUCAAUGCUCUUCCAAGAUUGCUUCUCUACUCAUCGACAUAAUCCCUCUUAAGCUGGAGGUUUUAUACAUUUCUACCUCUAAGCUCAUGAAAGAAUCAAGGUCAACUGAACUAGAACGGUUUGUUAAGCAAAUCCGAAAAGCAUCACCAAGGAUUCUUCAAAAUUAUCUGAUUCUUCUCCAAGGACGCAUGGCAGGUGCUGUAGCUGUCAAUUACGCUCCAACUCAAAGCAUUAAUGUCAUGAUAGAGUUCCUAUUGAUCUUUCUCACUGAUAUACCAAAGCGAUUUAUCCAUCAUGACAAAUUGAAUGAUAUGUUGGCACAUGUUGGGCUACUUACUAGGAAGAUAUCUAUUCUGGUGAAGGAGAGCUCUGAGAAUAAUAUCAAUGAAGCGGACAUUUCAGCUUCAGACUUGUUGCAAGAAAUUGAACAAAUGAAGCGAGAUAUUAGACAGAUUUUUUUGAAAGCUCCAGAGUUAUCUCAACUUUGCUUUCCUAUGGAUGAUGGUUUCCUCUUCAUGAAUCUUCUACUCAGACAUUUAAAUGAUUUGCUCAUUUCCAAUGCUUAUUCAGUUUCUCUCAUAAAGAAAGAAAUUGGGAUGGUGAAACAAAGCCUUGAAUUCAUAAGAUCAUCUUUCGAGAAAGUCAAGCAAACAUUGAAUGACACUAGCCAAGUAGUUAAAGAUUGUUGGGUGCGUGCUUUAAAUGUGGCAUAUGAGGCAGAACAUGCCAUUAAUUCCAUUCUUGUCAGAGAUAAUGCUCUCUCGCAUCUCAUCUUCUCACUUCCGAGUGUCACUGAUAAGAUCAAGCUUAUCGUGGCACAAGUCACCAGUUUACAGCUGGAGGAUAAGAAUGGGGAUCACCCCCUUGAUGCAAAGUCUUUCGUCGAGCCAAUUGAGUCAACCUCAUCACUUUUUGUUGAGGUAACAGUAGGUCAUGAGAAAGAAGAAUCCAAGUUCAUUGGCCAGCUCCUUAAUCAACAUGAAUCUGAGCUUGAUGUCAUUUCGAUUGUCAGAAUGCCAGGACUCGGUAAAACUACUCUGGCCAACAAAGUGUAUAACAAUACAUUAGUCGCUAGUCAUUUCAAGAUUCGUGCUUGGUGCACUGUUUCCCAAAAGUAUAACAAGUCAAAGGUGUUGCAGGAGAUUCUUCAGCAAGUUACUAGCUCUGAAGUAAAAGGAAGGGAGGUUGACCUUGCUGAAAAGCUACGAAGAGCACUGUACGAUAAAAGGUACCUCAUCGUCUUGGAUGAUGUGUGGGAUAUUGCAACAGGGGAGAUGUUAAUAGCAUGUUUUCCAAAUCUUAAGAGAGGCGAUAGAGUUAUUUUAACUAUCCAAAUUAGUAAGGUAGGUUCGCAAGUUAAAUGUCGUACUGAUCCUAUCGACCUCCAAGUUUUAACACCUGAAAAAAGUUGGGAACUAUUCGAAAAAAGGGUAUUUGGGGAAGGAAGCUGCCCUGCUGAACUGUCAAAUGUUGGACACCAAAUAGUUAAGAAAUGUAAAGGACUUCCCUUGGCUAUUGUUUUGAUUGCUGGAGUAAUUGUUAGAGGAAAGAAAAAGGAAAAGAAUUUGUGGCUUAAGAUUCAACAUAAUUUGGAUUCCUUUAUUUCUACAAACAUCAAUUUGCAGAUGAUGAAGGUUAUGCAAUUAAGUUAUGACCAUUUACCAUGUCACCUGAAGCCGUUGUUGCUUUACUUCGCAAGAUCUCAAAAGAACAAACGAACUCCGAUCUCUAAGUUAAAGCAGUUGUGGAUGGCCGAAGGGUUUGUGGAUCAUGAUAUCCGAUCCAAGAGUAGUUUAGAGGAAGCAACUCAAAGUUACUUGGAUGCUUUAGUUUCCAGUAGCCUGAUAAUGGUGGAUCAAAUCCCCUCCAAGAAGAGUAUGCCUUUUUCUGUUAGGAUCAAGGUUUGUUAUGUGCAUGAUGUUGUGCACGAUUUUUGUUCAGAAAAAUCCAAAAAGGCAAAGUUUUUCAAGUUAAUGAAUCCAGGUGCUCGAUAUCAUGCUUCGGAUUACCUACAUCAUCGUCUAACCAUUCAUACUGACGAGAGUCAACUCAACAAAAAAUGUGUUUUGUUCAAUUCUAAUAAGUGUUCAGCUGGUAGUAAGCAUCUCAUAUCUUUGAAAGUUAGCGGUUCACUUCUUAACUCAGCUAUAUCUGCCAUACAAGACCCUUUGGACUUGCUAGAGUGUUGCAACUGGAUAGCAUUAUUCUGGAAGAUUCUUUAA